CUGCAAACACACCUGCCUGGUGACAUUGGAAAAAGAUUUCGCAAAAAAAAAAUAAAAAUAAAAAUCCGCCAAUAGCCUUACCCCUCUAACGCCUUGCCCCCGUCGCCGCCGCCUGAUGAAUGACCAACCAACAACUGCAACACCAUCAGCCGCAGGAGCAGCAGCAACAGCAACAGCAGCAACAUCAGCAGCAAGCGAUUGCAAUUACUAUUCGCGACACAUGCACCACGUCUGAGGGCGUCACGGGCGAACGGAAAGUGCAGCUCGUCGUCAAUCGAUCGGCACCGGUGGCCCCGAACCCGGGUUCGAACUUCACCACCUUCGAGCGGCCUCGGAACCGGCCACACGUCACGAUCGCACCAAUUCCACCGGCCAUGACGCACCAGAUGGAUGCCGCCGUUGGUUUAAAUCAACCCGCUCAGCAUUACCAGCUACAGCAACAGCAUCAGCAGCAUCAGCAGCAGCAGGUUGAUCCGCACCAGCACCAUCAUCAGCAGCAACAGUUCCAGCAACAGCAGCAGCAACAGCAACGGCAACAUCAGCAACAACAGCAGCAUGAUCUGUUCAUGAUCGCAAGCGUUUGCCUUGGCUCGUUCAUCCUCAUCUUCGCGAUCGUGUACUUUGUAAGGAAAUUUUUCCAAGGCGGCCAGUUCAAGAACAAGGACAUCCGGCUCGAUGCGAAGGUGGUCAUCAUCACGGGUGCAAACGCGGGCAUCGGGAAGGAGGCGGCCAUCGAGUGCGCUAAACGGGGCGCAAGAGUGUACAUGGGUUGUCGUGAUCCAGCGCGCAUGGAAAAAGCCCGCCAAGAGAUCCUGGAUAAGUCCGGCAGCCAGAACGUGUUCGGGCUCGAGCUAGAUCUGGCCUCGUUCGAAUCGAUCCGCAGCUUCGUCAAGACGUUCCUCGCGAUGGAGCGCCGGUUGCACGUGCUGAUCAACAACGCGGGUGUGAUGGCGUGCCCGAAGGCGUACACGAAGGAGGGCUUCGAGAUGCACUUUGGCACCAACCAUUUGGGUCACUUUCUGCUCACGAACCUGCUGCUGGAUGUGCUGAAACGGUCGGCACCGGCUCGCAUCGUGACGGUUUCUAGUCUCGGUCACAAGUGGGGCCGCAUCAACAAGGACGACAUCAACGCUGAAAAGGAGUACGGCGAGUGGGACGCGUACACGCAGAGCAAGCUGUGUAACAUUCUGUUUUCUCGGCACCUUGCGAAACGCCUGCACGGUACGGGGGUGAAUACUUACGCACUGCAUCCGGGAGCGAUCAACACCGAGCUGAUGCGGCAUCUUAAUCCUUGUCUAAGGACCAUGGCCAAACCCGUCUUUUGGGUGUUCUUCAAGACGCCUAAAUCGGGUGCUCAGACGACGCUGUACUGCGCGAUGGAACCCACGAUCGUGUCCCAAACGGGGAUGUAUUAUAGCGACUGCAAGCUGAAGGAACCGGAACCACACGCAAAGGACGAUGCCAUGGCGGAAUGGCUUUGGAAUCUGAGCGAAAGACUGACCGGGCUGCAGGCACACUGA